AUGUUUAAAUAUACCAGAAAGGCAGUCACUUUCACCACGAUUCUAGGUGUGGGUGGUCUCGGUCUGUACUUUGCAACUGGCCGAGAUGCGCGUGCAUCUGCUCAGAAGUACGCUCUGGGACCUGCUGUGCGCGCCGUGCUGGACGGUGAACAGGCCCACAAGUUUACAAUUGAGGUCUUCAAAUACCCCAAUUUGGCACCACGUAUUCCUGCUGACUGGGAUCAGACUCACGAUCCCGAAAAGGCUCUUGAGGUGACUCUGUUUCAGCAUUCUGCUAAUAAGAAGGUCAAGCCUUUGACACUCCAGAACCCUGUUGGUAUUGCUGCAGGCUUUGACAAGAAUGGCGAAGCCAUUGAUACCCUAUACAACCUGGGCUUUUCAUGGGUCGAAAUUGGCUCAAUUACUCCUCUUCCACAGCCCGGUAACCCCAAGCCCCGUGUUUUUAGACUGGAAAGAGACAAUGCUGUGAUUAACCGUUACGGAUUCAAUUCGGACGGUCAUAUUGCUGUGGUUGCGCGUCUUAAGAUGCGCGAGUCGGAACUGCCAUCCAAUGCUACUAACUUUGCCGGUCUGCCUAACCGUGUUUUGGGUGUCAACCUUGGAAAGAACAAGACUGGUGACGAGGUUCAGGAUUAUAUUAAGGGCGUUGAUACCUUUGGUCCUCACGCUGAUGUACUGAUUGUCAAUGUUUCGAGUCCCAACACCCCUGGUCUGCGCGACUUGCAGAGCGAGGAAAAGCUGACUAACCUGUUGCAGACUCUUGUUGCCCGCCGUGAUUCCCUGCCUCUUGAAUCUCUGCCUCCCAUUGUUGUGAAGAUUGCUCCUGAUUUGACUUCCCCGGAAAUUGAGAGCAUUGCUGCUGCUGUUAAGGCCAGCAAGGUUGACGGCGUUAUUGUUUCCAAUACUACUGUUCAGCGUCCCAAGACUCUACGCUCUGGUUCUGAGCUGACUACCCAAGUUGGUGGUUUGUCAGGCGCCCCUGUUAAGCCUUACUCUAUUCAAGCUCUCAAGACUCUGCGCAAGGAGCUGGGUAAGGAUGUUACUAUUAUUGGCUGCGGCGGUAUUUCCGACGGUGCUGAUGCACUUGAAUUUGCACGCGCUGGUGCCGACUUUGUUCAAUUGUACACCUCGCUUGUGUAUAAGGGUCCUGGUGUUGCUGCCGAAGUUAAGGAGGGCAUCAUUGAUGGUCUCAAUGGCAAGAAGUGGACCGAUGUUGUUGGCACCGAUCUGUAG